UGGUCUGCUUUUAGUUGAUGUUGGUAUUCUUUCAGUUGAACUUUGUAUUCUUUCAGUUGAUCUUUGUAUUUUUUCAGUUGAUGCUGUUUUUUUUUUCAGUUAGUUUUAUUGUUUGAUUAAACUUUCUUUCUUUCAGAUGUGAUAAAUCCUUGUCUAAGAAGAAAGGCAAAUCUGAUUUAUCACCAAUCAAGUUUUCAUUUUCAAGAUCUAAUCCCGAUCAACAGAAAGACACAUUUGAUAGAUCGUAUGUUUUUUUCAUUAUUCUCCUUUUAUAUUAUAUGAUUGUGUUUUUUUUUUGUUUUAAAGUUAUUUUUGUUCACUUUUGUUAGGAAUUUCACUGAGCAAGAAAUAAAGUCAAUUAGUCUACAAGUAUUGUCAGACUAUUCCCAUUUAAAUGAAGUGGUUAGUAAUUUGAGUGAUGAGCAAAAAAGAGACAUUAGGGAUAUUGGGUUUGGGAGUCUCUUAGAUAUUAGGAUAAAGAAGUUUUGUCCUAAUCUGAAUUUGGAGGUGUUGUUGAAUUACAAUGCAUCUGGAAUGAUGUUUUCAACAAAGAAUGGUAAACUGAUUUUUAAUAAGUUUACCAUUAGUGAUGUUUUGGGGUUACCUGUGUCAGAUAGACCAGUAGAGGUUAUAGAUGAUGACGCCUUUAGGAGGAAAGGUAGUCAGAUAGAGGCUGGAAGUGCCAGGAAGGAUUGGCAUAGGUUUCUUGGUAUUUCUGAUCCCAAGAAGGUAUAUAUUGGUAGAAAAAAUUGGGAUGAUUUGUUUAAGAAAUAUCAAUCCGGGGAUGAUUUCAAGAAGUUAUUUGUUAUCUUUUCGUUGUCCAAGCUUCUAUGUCCUAUAGCUGAUUUAGGGCCUGUGCUGAAAUGUGCCAAGAGUUUAGAAGAUGCAUCUACAAUUUCAAGUUAUGACUGGUGUGGAUAUAUAUUGAGAAGUCUUUGUGCUGCUGUUUUGGACUGUCAUCAGUCUAUUAUGAUGAAGAAGAAUGAGCUUGGACAGAAGAAAGUAUCAUUCAAGCUUCGGGGAUGCGUUAGCGCUUUGACUCUUGCUGUUAUUCACAACUUCAAGUGUCGUAAUCUGGAUUAUUCAAAUGUCAGUAAGCCAUUUAUCAGUUAUUGGCAGGAAGAGAAGGAUUUGAGUGAUGUUGUGAAGCAGUUUGAGAUCAACAUGGAUUUUAUUCUGCCGGUGAAGCGUGAAAAACAGAAGGUUGAGUUUAAAACUCCCAGUGUUAGUGUUGCUAGUAGGAAGUCUGGUUCUCCUAUAAUUAAGGUGGUUGAGGGUCCAUCACCUUCAACUAGGCAGCUUAUCAUGGAUCUUCCUCAUAGUUUGAUGACUGAUGAGGAAAUAGAUGCUCUUGAUGUUCCUGAAUAUGUGAAGAACAUGCACAAGUUGAAGAGGAAUGCGCUUGCAUUCUGUCAAGUGAAUUUGGAGAUUGCCCAGAAUAUUCGGGAGGAAGGCGAGAAGCUGUCUCAAGACAGUAUUUCUCUGGAUGAUAGUGAAGUAUUUAACCCAGAUUUUCUGAGUCAAAUUGACGACAUAUGCAAGCGUCAUUUGGAAGCGAAAGACAGUGCAAACAAAGUUGAUCCUACAAUUUCACUAUUGGUGAAGCGGCCUGUUGAAUUGGAGUUUGGAAGAAAUGAAAAUGUUCCUGAUUUGGAUUCUGGUGUUCAUGGAGUUGAUUUGAAAGAAGGAAGUAAGUUCCUUUCAUUAUAUUAUUUUCAUGUUGUAGUUUUGUAAUCUGGUUGGAAUAAAAAUUUUAGACUCUAACUGAAAGAAAUGUUUAACUGAAGAAGUGAAAUAGCUAACUUUGAGACUCUAACUGAAAGAAUAAAAAGACCAACUGAAAACUUUGAC